AUUAGUCGCUUCAACAAUUUUCGCACUGCGAGAGCAGGCGACAAGAUAUUUAUAGGCAAUAGAGAGCUUACUAUUAAAGGAUAUAGCGUGAUUGACAUCUACCUCCGAAACGUAAUUAGCGGUAAGCUCCUUCUCUACCUCGACAACGUAGCGUUUAUUCCUGAGAUCAGUAUAAACCAAGUUUCGCCACGCCCGUUAUAUUUAAGAGGCAUUUGGUAG